UGGCGGUCUGUGUGGAGAGCUUCGCUAACGCAGGCGGUGAGCACGGGUGACAUCACCCUGUGACGGCUCAGGGUUGUUGAAGUUCAGUCUUGCAGCUGGCAUUGCAAACACAGCUGUGGGAGCCAGCGUUAUGGGAUGACUGCGGCCUGGGGGGUCAGUCUUGACCAUCCGGAGGGUUUCUGCAAACAGGGCAGGAUGCUCUGUCAGAGGGAGAUCCCUCCCCGUUUGCUCCUCCCUCUCCCUCCCUCCCACUUCCCUCUGUGGCUCCUCCCUCUCUCCCUCUGUCCCUGCCCCCCUCCCUGGCUCCUCCCUGGCUGGCUCCUCCCUCCCUGUCUUGUAUAUUCAGUACUUGCUGGUGAGUGUCCACCAAUGGCCAGUGUGGGUGAUGAACACCCAGAACAAGGCCAGCCGUGCGCUCCUCGGGGACUCUGUGUGUCCCUGGCCUUUGGACAACUGAGAACCGGGCCAGCAGGAAUGAGUUACUAGAAGUGAAACCUGCCCUUGUGGGAGCCACUCUCCUCCCGGAGCGAGCGAGCACCAGUUUACGGGAAUGAGGAUGCUAUUUUUAAGAAAGAGCAUUGUGUUUCAUCAUGGAAAUUUUGAGCGUCUCAGCAGGCAGCUUGCUGGCUUGCUACUCUUAGAUCCCUGAUGCUCAGGGACUGUCUUUGCUCAGCUCAGCUCUGUAGCCAGCACCCCGGCAGGGCCUGCCUGGCCUGCAGGAGGAGGGGUGCAGGGACAGCCAUCUCUGUGGACCAGCAGUUAUGUGCUGCGAGUGGCUGAGAUGCUGUGGUGGAGGGGAGCCCAGGCCCCGGACGGUCUGGUUGGGGCACCCGGAGAAGAGGGACCAGAGGUACCCUCGAAAUGUCAUCAACAACCAGAAGUACAACUUCUUCACCUUUCUUCCUGGGGUGCUGUUUAACCAGUUCAAAUACUUUUUCAACCUCUAUUUCCUACUUCUCGCCUGCUCCCAGUUUGUUCCGGAGAUGAGACUCGGGGCGCUGUACACCUACUGGGUCCCCCUGGGCUUCGUGCUGGCCGUCACCAUCAUCCGCGAGGCCGUGGAGGAGAUCCGAUGCUACGUGCGGGACAAGGAAGUCAACUCGCAGGUCUACAGCCGGCUCACAGCAAGAGGGACGGUGAAGGUGAAGAGUUCCAGCAUCCAAGUCGGAGAUCUAAUCAUUGUUGAAAAGAACCAGCGGGUCCCUGCUGACAUGAUCUUCCUGAGGACGUCAGAAAAAAACGGGUCCUGCUUCCUGCGGACGGACCAGCUGGACGGGGAGACAGACUGGAAGCUGCGACUCCCUGUGGCCUGCACGCAGAGGCUCCCCACUGCCUCUGAUCUUCUUCAGAUUCGAUCGUACGUCUAUGCUGAAGAGCCAAAUAUCGACAUUCACAACUUCGUGGGGACGUUUACCAGGGAGGACAGCGACCCCUCCAUCAGCGAGAGCCUGAGCAUCGAGAACGCGCUCUGGGCCGGCACGGUCAUCGCGUCGGGUACCGUGGUGGGGGUUGUCCUUUACACUGGCAGAGAGCUCCGCAGCGUGAUGAAUACAUCAAAUCCUCGAAGCAAGAUCGGCCUGUUUGACCUGGAGGUGAACUGCCUCACGAAGAUCCUCUUUGGCGCCCUGGUGGUGGUGUCCCUGGUGAUGGUGGCCCUGCAGCACUUUGCUGGCCGCUGGUACCUGCAGAUCAUCCGCUUCCUCCUCCUAUUUUCCAACAUCAUCCCCAUCAGCUUGCGUGUGAACUUGGACAUGGGCAAGAUCGUGUACAGCUGGGUGAUCCGCAGGGACUCAAAAAUCCCGGGGACAGUGGUUCGUUCCAGCACCAUUCCUGAGCAGCUGGGGAGGAUUUCCUACCUGCUCACGGACAAGACAGGGACGCUUACGCAGAAUGAGAUGGUUUUCAAGCGGCUGCAUCUGGGCACCGUGGCCUAUGGCCUCGACUCCAUGGAUGAAGUCCAGAGCCACAUGUUUAGCAUUUACACCCAGCCGCAGGAACCCCCUGCCCAGAAGGGCCCCACGCUCACCACCAAAGUCCGGCGGACCAUGAGCAGCCGCGUGCACGAGGCGGUGAAGGCCAUCGCGCUCUGCCACAACGUCACCCCUGUGUACGAGUCCAACGGUGUGACCGACCAGGCGGAGGCCGAGAAGCAGUACGAGGACUCCUGCCGCGUGUACCAGGCGUCCAGCCCCGACGAGGUGGCCCUGGUACAGUGGACCGAAAGCGUGGGCCUGACCCUGGUGGGCCGAGACCAGUCUUCCAUGCAGCUGAGGACCCCUGGCGACCAGAUCCUGAACUUCACCAUCUUACAGAUCUUCCCUUUCACCUACGAAAGCAAGCGCAUGGGCAUCAUCGUGAGGGAUGAAACCACUGGAGAAAUCACCUUUUACAUGAAGGGCGCAGAUGUGGUCAUGGCUGGCAUCGUGCAAUACAAUGACUGGCUGGAGGAGGAGUGUGGGAACAUGGCCCGGGAAGGACUGCGGGUGCUGGUAGUGGCGAAGAAGUCCCUGGCCGAGGAGCAGUAUCAGGACUUUGAGGCCCGUUACGUCCAGGCCAAGCUGAGCGUGCAUGACCGCUCCCUCAAAGUGGCCACGGUGAUUGAGAGCCUGGAGAUGGAGAUGGAGCUGCUGUGCCUGACUGGGGUGGAGGACCAGCUGCAGGCCGACGUGAGGCCCACGCUGGAGACCCUGAGGAAUGCGGGCAUCAAGGUUUGGAUGCUGACGGGGGACAAGCUGGAGACAGCCACGUGCACAGCCAAGAAUGCACAUCUGGUGACCAGGAACCAGGACAUCCACAUCUUCCGGCUGGUGACCAACCGCGGCGAGGCCCACCUCGAGCUGAACGCCUUCCGCCGGAAACAUGACUGCGCCCUGGUCAUCUCGGGAGACUCCCUGGAGGUCUGCCUCAAGUACUACGAGUAUGAGUUCAUGGAGCUGGCCUGCCAGUGCCCGGCCGUGGUCUGCUGCCGCUGUGCCCCCACCCAGAAGGCCCAGAUCGUGCGCCUGCUGCAGGAACGCACCGGCAAGCUCACCUGUGCAGUAGGUGAUGGUGGCAACGAUGUCAGCAUGAUCCAGGAGUCGGACUGCGGCGUGGGCGUCGAGGGCAAGGAAGGAAAGCAGGCUUCCCUGGCGGCAGACUUCUCCAUCACUCAGUUCAAGCAUCUUGGCCGGUUGCUCAUGGUCCAUGGUCGGAACAGCUACAAGCGGUCUGCUGCCCUCAGCCAGUUCGUGAUCCAUCGGAGCCUGUGUAUUAGCACCAUGCAGGCUGUGUUUUCUUCCGUGUUCUACUUUGCCUCUGUCCCUCUCUAUCAAGGAUUCCUCAUCAUCGGAUACUCCACCAUCUACACCAUGUUCCCUGUGUUCUCUCUGGUCCUGGACAAAGAUGUCAAGUCGGAAGUCGCCAUGCUGUACCCCGAGCUGUACAAGGAUCUCCUCAAGGGGCGGCCGCUGUCCUACAAGACGUUCUUAAUUUGGGUGUUGAUUAGCAUCUAUCAAGGGAGCACCAUCAUGUACGGGGCGCUGCUGCUGUUCGAGUCGGAGUUCGUGCACAUCGUGGCUAUCUCCUUCACCUCGCUGAUCCUCACCGAGCUGCUGAUGGUGGCCCUGACCAUCCAGACCUGGCACUGGCUCAUGACGGUGGCCGAGUUGCUCAGCCUGGCCUGCUACAUCGCCUCCCUGGUGUUCCUCCACGAGUUCAUCGAUGUGUACUUCAUCGCCACGCUGUCCUUCCUGUGGAAAGUGUCUGUGAUCACUCUGGUCAGCUGUCUGCCCCUCUACGUCCUCAAGUACCUGCGAAGGCGGUUCUCUCCUCCCAGCUACUCGAAGCUCACGUCCUAGGCUGGGGACUGGGCCGGCCGGGGGCCCGGGCUCUGCUUCCCGAGGGACCGAGUUCCAGUUCCGUUUAGCGUCACCGCCGCCCGUGGUUUGCAGUCACUGCUGGGGGCGCCGCGCUGCCCGCGUUGGCCUGGCUGGAGCCCGACCCUGGACAGGCAGCCCGUCCCGCCGCAGGGGCGCAGAGCCGCGGGGGCCUGCCUGAGCGCUGUGGCCUGCGGGCCCCGGGGGCGAGCUUCCUUACGACUUGAAUCGUGUGGUCGUGUGAUAAAGUCUCCGUCUAGUGGAAGGUCGCAGGAGGGUAUUUUAUUUUUUUAUCACUUCUAACCUGUGUGUGCUCCUCAUGUCUUUUUUUGCUCUUACAAAUUGGUCAGGUGGUCUUUUGACACUCUUGGGGUGGGCGUGGGGGGCGAGG